AUGUUGUCGUCGAGUGCAUCCCCACGGGAGAUGUCCACGUCUCCAUUCGCCAAACGUGAAACCCCUUCUACUCCCCCACUGGAGAGCUAUGCUCCCAACAACUCAAAAUACUACAACGAUCACCUCAACAAGUCUCAGUUUAACCUCAUCCUCACGAACUGCUCAGUCAACUUGAUGAAGAUGCUCUAUCCGUCCUCAGUCACGCAAGUUGAUGACGUGAAGUUGAGGUUUUUCAUCAUCGAAAUCUUGAGAAGAUCUAAAGCGUCGACGCAGACGUUGCAGAUCUGCUGCUACUACAUGUUCAAGCUUGUCAACAAGAAACAAGAGGAGUUGCCUAGUUGCCCCAAAAAGUUGUUUUUGGCAUUGAUCAUUUUAUCGUCGAAGUUUAAUCAGGACCACAACUACUCUUUCAAGUCGUGGCUCAAGAUUUGCGGGUGCAAGGGCACCGACGACUCGAGUUUGAAUCUUCAAAAAUUGAGACAAACAGAAACUCAAUGCCUUAAGCUCCUUGACUAUGAUCUUUACAUCAACGGGGCGAAGUACGAGAAUUGGUGUAAUGUCCUUUUGAUUUUCGGGUACGAUUUCAUCUCGUUGCACCAUGUCAAUCUGGGUAUUCUCACCUGGUGCACUGAAGCAGAGUGCCAAAGAAAGCUUUCUCGCUGGAAUCAGUUCUUGCUUAAGAUGGACGAGCGCCGGUUGGGCAAAGUCAGUGUCAAUUUUAAACAUUACUAUGCUGACCAAGUUGGUACCAAGGUGAUUACCAGUGCCCCUGUCAAGCCGGCCUCGUUGUUUGGCAAGAGAACGAUUGAGCUGUGUGAGAGUGGCAGCAAGAGAAUGUGUAAAUAA